UAGAAUUAAAACACUAAAAAAACAUAUAAAAUCACUCACUUGACUGAGGAAAGAUAUAUAUAUAUAUUACUUGGCGCGGGUUUUCCUUCUAAAAGAAAGGAACUCAGCAAAACUCUCCAUUGUGUUUCGCUGUGUCUCUCGAGUCUGAACCAUGGAAACCCAUUGUGGCGAUUGCGACUCUGAGCCUCUCGCGAUGGAAAACGAAGAAGAGCCACGGCGAAAAGAGCCUCCCAGAAUCCACCGCCUGGACGAGUCAGUGGUCAACCGCAUCGCGGCCGGGGAGGUGAUCCAACGGCCAGUAUCCGCCGUCAAGGAGCUGGUGGAGAACAGCAUCGACGCCCAUUCCACCUCCAUAAGCGUCGUCGUCAAGGACGGCGGCCUUAAACUCAUUCAAGUCUCUGACGACGGCCACGGCAUCCGAUACGAGGACUUGCCAAUCCUAUGCGAAAGGCACACGACGUCAAAGCUGUCAACUUUUGAGGAUUUACAAUCGAUAAAGUCAAUGGGGUUCAGAGGAGAGGCUUUGGCAAGCAUGACCUACGUUGGUCAUGUUACGGCCACAACCAUCACCAAAGGGCAGUUACAUGGUUACAGAGUAUCUUAUAGAGACGGUGUCAUGGAGCAUGAACCGAAAGCAUGUGCUGCCGUAAAAGGAACUCAGAUAAUGGUUGAGAAUCUAUUCUAUAACAUGAUUGCUCGGAGGAAGACGCUUCAAAAUUCUGCUGAUGAUUAUUCAAAGAUUGUAGACUUGCUAAGCCGGUUUGCUGUUCAUCACAUACAUGUGGGAUUCUCCUGCCGAAAGCAUGGAGCUUCCAGAGCAGAUGUCCACACAGUUGCUACAUCAUCAAGGCUUGAUGCUAUUCGAUCAGUUUAUGGGGUGUCAGUUGCUCGAUCUCUUAUAAAAAUAGAAAAUUCCGACAAUAAUCCAUCUAGUUCAGUUUUCAAGAUGGAUGGUUUCAUCUCAGAUUCAAAUUAUGUUGCAAAGAAGAUAACAAUGGUACUUUUUAUCAAUGUAGAAAAGUUUGAUGGUCGGAAUAGUUUCAGUCUUUGGCGUAUCAAGACGCGUUCUUUAAUGCGACAACAAGGUUUGGCGAAGAUUUUGCAUGGCAAGUGCAUUCGUCCAGAUGUUUCACAUGCAGUCAAUGUUGUUAAUCCUAGCAAGGUUUACUGGCCGGCAGUGAAUUUGAUAUUUUGUUAUAUAUGGGGUGCUACAGAUGUUGGUUUAGUCUUUAACAAAGACAGUGGUAUCAGUUCCAAUGUCAUUGGGUAUGUCGAUUCAUAUUAUGCAUGUGGUAUGGUUGUGACACGAGGAGAUAUCAUAUUGAAGAAAAUUGCCUCUGAGGAAAAUCCAGUGGAUAUGUUGACUAAGUCAGUUCCAGUUCCCAAGUUCAAGAGUUGCUUGGACUUGAUUAUUGUUUAUAGCUUGUGA